GGUGAGUUUUCGCUUGUGGCGGGCGAUUCAGCAGAUCGGUAGAUCGAUCUCAUCGAGAGAGAGGGAGACGGAUGGGCGGCGGCGGGGAUCACGGUGGGAGCACGACGUACAAGGGCUUCACCAUCCACCACCCGAAGCGGUGGCACGUUGUCACCGGGAAGGGCCUCUGCGCCAUCAUGUGGUUCUGGAUACUUUACAGGGCUAAGCAGGAUGGUCCAGUAGUGUUGGGUUGGCGUCAUCCUUGGGAAGGACAUGGCGACCACUCUCAUGGCCAUGGACAUGAACAUGAGGAUAACUUCGUUUGGUAAAAUACUGGUGGUAUUUCAUUGACUAAUUGGAUAACUUCUUUUGGUAAGAACACCUAGCCGGUUGUUGACACUGGUAAAGAGUUAUUGAAAAUAAUGUUUGUACCUCACCUGCUGCCGAACAGGAAUCACAUUAGGAUCGCGGCCGUGGCCAUCAAGGGAGUCUCCAAUCUGUUAUGUUUAACAGAUCAGUUUACUGAAUAAAUUUGGUUUGGGACAUGUAGCAAACUUGAAGAUGUUUAUCCUGUUCGUUCUGCUAUAUACUGGACCAGUGGAAUGUCAUUGUACAAGUCAAUGAACUAUGACAUCAACGCUACUGCAAGUACUUUAGCGUCUGCAUAUUUGUCCUGUGAAACUUUUUAAUAAUUGUUAUUUUCUUAAAUUACAGAAAUCUCAUUAUUGUUGCCGA